AUGACUAAGGUUCUUUUGACAGGUGGCUCCGGCUUCAUUGCUGCCCACAUCCUCGAACAGCUGCUUGCCAAAGGCCACAGCGUCGUAACAACCGUCCGCAGCGAGGACAAAGCGGCCAAGAUCCGCGAAGCGUACCCCUCACAAGCCGCCUCGGGCGACCUUGUCGUCGCCAUCGUCCCCGACAUCGCUCAGCCCGACGCCUUCGAUGAGGUGGUCAAGACGCCCGGCCUGGAGGUGGUCCUCCACACGGCCUCGCCCUUCCACUUCAAAUUCAACUUCCCCCUCCUUUCAUCCCGCCUUGUCCGUUCGUUCCUCGGACCGAUACGAUGUCUUGCCGCUCGGCGCGCUGCUUAA